AUGUUCAUUCUCCCACUCCCCUCCUCUCUCGCCCCCUCUUUCCCAUCCCACUGUCUUCCAUCCACAGCCUCCUCCUUGCAAAUGAUCUACCUCCUCUUUCUUCAACUCCAUUCUUCUCCCUCUGUCCGUCUUGCUCUACCUCUCCCCAACCCCCCCAGCUGCUCUCUCCCUCACCUCUUCCUGCCCUCCUACCUCCCUGAUAAACGUCAACUAGUCCAAGUUAAGCCCUCAUGGCUAUGCUCCCUCGCUGCCAUGCUCCCUCGCUGCCAUGCUCCCUCGCUGCCAUGCUCCCUCGCUGCCAUGCUCCCUCGCUGCCAUGCUCCCUCGCUGCCAUGCUCCCUCGCUGCCAUGCACCCUCGCUGCCAUGCUCCCUCGCUGCCAUGCUCCCUCGCUGCCAUGCUCCCUCGCUGCCAUGCUCCCUCGCUGCCAUGCUCCCUCGCUGCCAUGCUCCCUCGCUGCCAUGCUCCCUCGCUGCUAUGCUUCCUCGCUGCUACGCCCUCGCUGGUGCUGGAGGAGUGCGGCACAGCAUGGGGAUUGUCGGCGAGCGGGUGGCAGGUGGGGGGCGAGUGCGACACGGCGCAGUUCAUUGCCUGCGAUGCCAACGGGCUUGUCACUACCAUGUAG